AUGAGUGGAAUUGCGGCCCGUUGUGUGCCUGGAACGACGUUCAUGCUGGGGUGUAACAAAUGUUUGUGUAGGCAGAGCGGCAGGGGUGCGUUUUGCACCAAAAAGGACUGCCGCAAACAACUAAGUGAUGUGUGUGUACCUGGAAGAGUGACAACAAUGGAGUGCAACAGAUGCAUCUGCACCACUGCAGGGAGGUGGGCGUGUACUGACAAGGAAUGCUACAGGGGUGUCAAAUAUGAGGACUGCGCAACCGGAAUAAUGCGGGCGGGCCAGGUUGAAAAGCCGCAUCAGAAGUGUAUUCCAGGCACCUCAUUCAGGAUCCGAUGUGAGCGGUGCUACUGCUCACAGGAUGGAGUAUCAGCUGUGUGCAGCCGCCCACCCUGCAACGGCAUCAAAGGUGUGGUAGUUCAGCUGAACGAGAGCUACUGGACUGAAGGUGACUGCGGGGGAGGAGGUCGGUGUGGAGAUGGAGAUAUAAGUUUAAAUGCAGCUGGAAAUGGUGGUGGAGCUGCAGGUGGAGCUGGAGGUGGAGUUGGAGGUGGAGUUGGAGGUGGAUUUGGAGGUGGAUUUGUGUCAUGUUAG